UGGAGAGCCGAGAGUCGAUAUCAGGCAGCAGAAGGGAGGUCUGUGUUUUACGCAGUGAUCAUGAGAUAGUGAACCAGCAUUAUCUUCCAGACAACAAUUUUUUUUACUGAGAACUGGUGAGAAGGGAUGGUACAAAUGCUUUGUUAAGAUGUCUCAGAUGAAAUGUUAUUCACCAGUAUUAGUUGGAAAUUGAUUUUAUUUUUUAUUAUGGCUGGUAAGGACAAUAUUUGGAUAUUUUCGUCAUUUUUAUUGAUUUGAAAAAGAAAUUUGUAAUUCAGGACUAUGCAUAAAUAAUGACGUUUAUAGUGCCCUACAGGCAUAAUGAUCAAGGCUGCAUAAACGAGCCAGCUUUUAUAUGAUAAAAAUUGCCAGUAUGAGCAAGGAGCUGUAUGUAUUGUAUGAGAUUAUCAGCUUUGUGGUUUAUUCUAAGUACUUGCAGACAUGGUUUGUUGUAAACUGAAAAUAAUGAAAAAUGCAUUAUCAAUGAAGAAACAACGGGCAAUUCAUCUGCUUCAAAUCAUGUUGCUUGGAUGGGUAUGUUUCACAUUUACAUGCUUUCAAGGUCCAGCCGUUACUUCUGGGCGACGUAGGAUGUUGAUCAACUCGACUAAGAGGGUUGCAGCUACUAGUACUACCGAAUCCUCAGCGUGUAUUGUGCCGGAGCCUAUAUGUGCCAUGAAACAAGACAAAGCACAUCUGUGGUAUCACAUCAGAAGGUAUGGGUACACCAUCAAUAUUCCCCGUGCUUGUAAAACCGAUAAAGGCAGGCUAUUUCUUCUUGUUUUUGUUAUUUCGGAUCCAAACGAUUUUAAAGGAAGGGCACUUUUUCGUCGCUUCUGUGGAAAUAUAAAGGAAUUUGAAAAGAAAGAAAUCAAAACUUUCUUUUUUGUCGGGCAGGCGAUAACGGGGACAGAAACGCGUGGUCACUACAACAUAACAGAUGAAAGCAAAAUGUUUGGUGAUAUAAUUCAAGCGGAUUUUAUAGAUUCGUAUCAGAAUAUUACAUUGAAAACUAUCCUGGCGUUCCGUUGGAUAACUCAGUUUUGCCCAAGUGCUCAAUACAUUUUACGCUGUGGACACGAUGUGUUUAUAAACUAUGAAGAAGUUGUAAAAUAUCUGUGCAAUAUUUCCGCAACAGGUUUGACGUCAAAACUUUUCACAGGAGACCGUCAUAGUGCGCUCUCUCGUGUCUGGCGAAAUCCUGACAGUAAAUAUCACCAGACACUCGAGCAGUACAGUGCAGAGAGAUUCCCAGCUUUCAUAUCAGGUUGGGCGUCUAUUUUUACCUUUGAUGUUGUCUACCUGCUUCACUGGGCCUCUUCUGGAAAACAUUUGUUCAUAGAAGACGUCUUCAUGUCCACGAUAGCACAAGAACAUAACAUAACUCUUCUUCACAACAGACAUUUCUUACAGUGGAGCGAAAGAUGGCCCAAGGCAACUGGUGAACUAGUUCGUCGGCUCAAAUGCCGUCUGAGACGUGCGUUGUCUAUUCACGGCGCGCCCCAAAAUCAAGACUUUUGGAGAUUUUUGAACAACACCGUCAAGAGGAAAGACAAUGUCUGCAAGUAG